AUGGAGUAGGUUUCUGCUUCUUUUUACUACACAUUCCAAAGUAAUAUUAAAUUUGCUCAAUAAUUAUUUGGGAUAUUUCAUUUAAUACACCAAAAGAAAGUAGAAAGAUAUGGAACCAACUGCAUUUUAUUUUUAUUUCUUCAUUAAUAUAAUUAGCACCUUCUUAUAUAUAAACAAAAGAGCUUUAUGUAUGAUACGUAACUAAUGUUUCUCUAAAAAAUCAAGAUGAUUUAAAUAACUUAAUUUAUCAAUACAGAACUUUAAAUUACCAUUUAUGCAAUAAAUGAUCCUAUAAUUUUUCGAUAGCCGUAAAUUAAUUUUAAUUACAUAAGAUUAAUUAAGGAAAUCAACUCUAGUUAUAAAACAUCUGACCUUUUAAGAAAAAUCAGGAAGCCUAUGAAACAAAAUGAAACUUUUCAAGAUCAAAGUGUUUAUCAUCUGGUUAAUAAUACAAUACUAUGUCUCUUACAUAUCCUUAUUCAAUUUAUAUAGUUAAAUUCGGAGCUAUGUGAUCUUUAAUUAUUAAUUCAACCUAAUAAAAGUAUGUUGGCAUAAUUAAUUCACAAAUGUAUCUAUUUGAAACUACAUAUUUCACUCCAUUGA